UUGGUGGUUGUUUCUUGUUUUUUUAUUUCUGACUGGGUGCAGUUAAUAAAUUUAACAUAGAAAUAUGAAGGUAUUUUCAUGCUGCCGGUUCGGCUAGACUGGUAAAUAUCCCAGAGUUCUGAAUUUUUGCUUUAUUUCCGCGGAUAGAAAGCUAUUUCGAUGGCAGAACUUGAAUCUUUGAACCCCGACAGUCGCGUAGGAACCAUUGGGUAUAUUAGUAAAGCUGAUGUGGAAUUGCAUAUAAAGAAGGAGAUUGAAAUAAGUUUCAAACCAGAGCCACACGAAUGCGUUACGUGCUCAAGCCGGGGCCGCGACGGACACGAUAUCUUUAACAGUAAUACGGCUUCCGGCAUUUCAUUGAACGACUUCCUAUACAAGUUUACACGCGUAGACCUCACCUCAGCUGAAAAUUACCCUAAAUAUAUGUGUAAGACAUGUUUUGAACUUAUUAAUGUCUUGGAAGCAGCAGAACUAGAAUAUUUAAAGCUUAAGCAAGCCUUUGAGGACAUCCUUAGAAGAAAUCCCUUAUUUGACACAACAUCCCAUCCUGUUGAACUUGGUGCAGUAAAGACAGAAGUUAUUGACGAAAUCUACAACACAAGGAAUAGAGAUUUGGGACUUGACUCAGAAGAUGAACCACUUGCAGUCACUAAAAAGAAGAGACACCGAAAGCCUGACAAAGCUAAAAAGAAGCUCUCCAAAAGUGCACCUAAAAGAAAGCCAAAGAAUGCUGAUAACAUUGAGAGUUGGCAGUGCAAUGUGUGUGGCAAGAAAGGAGAGAGUGGAGGUAUUGUUGCGGAGGCAGCCCAUAAGUUGGCUGUUCACAGCUUAGUUGCAGCCGCUGCCCCGAGCCUCGAAAAUGUUAAAAGAGAAAAUUCAACAGAUGGGACCCACAGUCCAGAUUAUAGUAAUGGUUUUGAUACUGCUAGUGACAGUUUAUUCAAAAUUGAAAUGGGUGAUUUCGAAGAUGAUGAUGAUGAUGACAGUGACAACUAUAUUCCGGAUGACAUUAGCACAUCUGAGGUGACUCGUAAAAGAUCUCGAAUACUCUCAUCAAAAAAAAGAAAAGGCCAUGGGGAUAAAGUCAUGCAUCAAUGUGACCAGUGUGACCUGAAAUAUUCAUCUAAGGUGCGGCUCCAGCAGCACAAACGCAAGCAUGACGACUCAAAGCCACCGUACAUCUGCGAAGUUUGUGGCGCUCACUACAAGCACAAGCGCGCGUGCGACAUACAUGUCGCUCUUCAUAAAGGUAUUAGCGACUGGAAAUGUGAAGAAUGUAAUAAACUCUUUCCAUCUAAAGGUGCACUGCAUAGACAUAAUAAUAUACACACCGGGAAACCCAACUAUCAGUGCGACCUGUGCGGCAAGUCGUUUAUCCACACGUCGUCGUUCAAGAUGCACAAGCUCUCGCACUCGGGCGUCAAGCCUCACGCGUGCGACGUGUGCGGGCUGGCGCUCAUGACGCGCUCGCACCUCAAGCGGCACAAGCGCGUGCACAGCGGCGAGAAGCGACACGAGUGCCCCAUCUGCGGGAAACGCUUCUCUGAGAGGUACAAUUUGGUAGCUCACAGCAAAUCGCACUCGGGUGAGAGUGCACAGGCGCCGGCGACACCCGGCACGUCACCACCGCGGCGCCGUCUCUUCCGUUGUAAUUUCUGUCAGGAGCGAUUUGAGCGUCGCUACAUGCUUGAGAGACACGUAUCUGUCAUUCACGGACGGACGCUAGAACGUCCUCCACCGACUCCACGUAACACGAUGAGCAAAAUGCUUAAAGCUCAAGCACAAGCGAGACGAUCACCAACUCAUUCAUCUAACGAAACGACUACUAAAGAGGAACCGAGCCCAGAUACCACAGAAAAAAUACCUUCAUCAAGCAGUGCGUGGACCAAUGCUUAUGUCCAGGAAUUCGGAUUGAGACCGGAAUAUCAACAUUGAUUGUUACUUCUUUGUGAGCGAACAGAGUUAGUUACUCUGCCCGCCACACUAGAGAUAGGUAGUUCACUACUUUUAAUGUGAGGAAAUACCAGUCAGUACUCUUACUAAAAACACAUUCAUUCAUAGUUAAUGUGAGUUGUUCACAUAACGGAUUCUACAUUUAUCCGUCGUUAAAUAUUUAAUUGCUGUACAUACAAUUUGUUGAUUUAAAUAGUAGUUACUGAGACCUAUGAAACGAGUUACUCUGACUUAAAAAGAUAUAACGAGUCUUUUACACUCAUGUUACUAUUUUAUGUGGGUAUAUAAACCUAACAUGCAUAUUAACAUGUAACAA